AUGGUCCGUCUGAAAAACCGCUAUCUCCUCAUCGACAUCCUAUACCCAGACCCAGCAACAUGGCCCUCCAGUAAUGCCGAUCCCAAAGCCAAAGCCAAAUCCACCCCUGCACAACUAGCCAUCCACUCACCAACAUCCGACGCCCUAACACCAGGUCUCCUCGCAAAAAUGGUUCGCGAACAAGUAAGCGACCUAUACGGAGACUGGGGUGUCGGGAAAACUAGGCGGUGCCUCUGCAGGUGGUAUAAACGCGCAGUGAAAUAUCUUUCCCCCGCUACCUCAACUAUUAUUCUCCGUUGUCCGCGUGCGUCUUUCCGUCUUGUUUGGUCUGCGCUCACGUAUAUGUCUCAUGUUCCUGCGAAUGGUGGUGACGCGGGACAAAAGCGGCCGAAUGGAGGGAGGGAACGAGCAUGUGUUUUUCGCGUUCUAAGAGUAUCGGGGACUAUGAAGAAGGCUCAGGAGGAUGCGAUUCAACGGGCGAGAAGGGAGAUUGUGCGUGUACGAGGGGUUGAAGAGAAGGGGGUUCUGGGGAGUAUGAUUUCUGGUGAUGUUGAUGGUGAGGAGGGACAGGGAGCUGCUGUGCAGAGCAUUGUGGAUCAGAGUGAGGACGAGAUGGCAAUUGAUGAUGACUGA